AUGACGAUGGGUUUCGACGGCAAUUCGGCACCGAUUAUUUUCAAAGAGGAGAAAAGGGGGCUGUUGGAAGACAGAUCCACCUCUGACUCGGAAAAUGAGAGCAUCGUUAAUGAAGUAGAGUCUCAAACUCGCAUAACGGCAAAAAUCUCCAGUCUCUCCUGGGAUACAUCUGCUGUUUCAGCUUCCUGGCAUCGUCUCUGCUCAGUACCAUGGCGGGUGAUUUUCAUUCGUCUUCUCAUCUUUCUCGCCCCAAGUUUCCUGCAGGGACGGCGCGCCAGAGAUCAGAUUUGCCCUCCCAAAGUAUCCCCCACUGCAUAUCUGGAUGGAAUGAGAGGGUUGGCUGCCCUUUUCGUCUUCUUCUGUCACUAUUUCUACCAGGCUUUCACCAUUGCCAAAAGUUGGGGGACUGGGGAAGAUAAUUACCACAUUUUGAAGCUUCCGUUCCUUCGGCUUUGGUAUCAAGGCCCCCCUGCGGUUUGCGUCUUUUUCAUCAUCUCCGGAUAUGCCUUGUCUUACCGUCCCCUGCUGCUCAUGCGAAGGGGCGCAUUUUCCGACUUUUCAGCCAACAUGACUUCUUUGACUUACCGCCGAGGGAUUCGACUCUACUUACCAAGCGCCAUUUCCACUUUGAUGAUUGUCUUUUUAUUGAGGAUCGGUGCUUAUGAAUGGACUCGCGAGUUCGCCCAAGACCGCACGUAUAUGAAGAACAUAAUUGAGCCGCAUCCCGCCAGGAUGGAAUCGUUGUACGCCCAACUCAGAGACUGGCUGCUCCAUAUGUAUAGAUUUGUACAUGUCUUUGACUGGGACAAGUUUGGGGGAAGCACCUCAUACGAUGUGCACUUGUGGACCAUUCCUGUCGAGUUCCGGUGCUCGCUUUACCUGUUUCUCACAAUCAUCGGGACCGCACGGCUCAGAACAAUUCUGCGUUUUCUGACCGUCGGGGGAAUCAUGUGGUUCACAUAUCGUCAUUCUAGAUGGGAACUAUGCUUGUUCUUUUGCGGAAUGCUUCUGGCAGAGAUGGACCAUAUUCGCGGGGUCCAUGCGUCAGCUGCAGUGCUUCCCCAAAGUGAGGAGUCUCCGUCCAGAACUUGCAACUGGCUGGAGGGACUGUGCUGGACAGCGACGUCGGUUCUCGGCCUGUAUUUGAUGUCCCAGCCAGAUGACGGCGGUGAAAUUGCCCCGGGAUGGUCGUACCUGUCUUCACUCAUACCUGCGUGGUGGGCUGAAGAGAAGUACCGAUACUGGCAGUCCUGCGGGGCGGUUCUGUUUGUUCUCGCCGUCGGUCACUCAGGGACGUGGCAGCGCUUCUUCAACUUGCCCGUUGUCCAGUAUUUGGGCAAAAUCUCGUACUCGCUGUACCUUGUGCACGGCCCUGCCAUGCACACCGUUGGCUACCUGUGGGAGAGGAUGGCUUAUGGUGUCAGCGGGGUCCAGGGAUACUGGUACAAUGCCGGCUUUGCUCUUGGCGCAGUGUUUUGCGUCCCGAGCGUGAUAUGGUGGGCUGAUGUAUUCUGGAGGGCGGUGGACAUGCCAAGCGUCAAGUUGGCCAAAUGGGUGGAAGGCAAGAGCAACGCCAAACACUGA